UACGAUUCAAGGCGUCUGAUCGCGUCUUUUCGCAUUUUACCAGGGGCACAACUGACGCCACAGUGGACACACGAGCCUCGCACUGGUCCGAGCUUGGCUGGCGUCCAAGAUUCGUGCUGAACCGUAGCGAGCACAGUGGGCCCUCCAUACGUGUACACUAUGCAGUGAUAUACUGGCGCAGCUACGACGACUGAUUCAUCCUCUGUUCCGAACGGCGGGACGAGUCAUUCCGCAACUUGCGCCAUGCCCCUCAUCGACCUCACCUCGAUCGACGACGUGAAAGCGUACGUGGCUGCGAUCGAAGCGAGUCCGUGCAGUACGGACACGCCAUACUUUUGCAUGCCGCCAGCCAUCAACUCCACCACCCUGACACAAGGCGCGCUUUGGGCAACAUCGCCGCCGGCCGCCAAGCCAACAUCGUCAUUUUGCGACGAGCAAAUGGAGGAGCAGUACCGGCUCAAGCGACUACGGCGCGAGCGCGGCGAGUCGACACCGCCCCGUAUGACCCACUACCACCGCCAACGCGCCGAGAUCAAGCUCCUUCGAGGCGUGGCCGCCGACUUGACCUCCCAGCUGCGCCACCUCGAGGCCAAGCACGUCACGUCACAUCGUGGCAACUGGUACCAAGCCUUGCUGCGCGAAAAAGUAGCGAUGGACCUCAGUAUCUCGACCAAUCGCAGCCUUCGGCGCCAGAUGCGACUCGUGCUCCAGCGACGGGAAGCCAUUCAGACAGCGGUGUUUGCCCCCGAACCCGACGAGGAUCCGUUUGGUUAGUCGACGACUCGUAGUCUUUCGUUGGUCUCUAUGGAUAAUAUUGUACAUUUUGAUUUAUCGCAU